UCGCCCACCCGCUCCCCUGUGAGCCCCCGGCCACUCGGUUCCUGUCUGGGCUCGGGUCACGGCCUCGCCAACAAAGCAGAGCCAGGAUCCGGCAGCUCCGGGGAGGGGCAGAGAGGCUUGGGGCUGAGGAACAACAGGAUGCAGGCUUCUUGAGCUGGGAGAUGAUGGGCUGAGCAUCUGUCACAGAGGCACACCAGGGCCAUGAGCUCCCUGUGCGGUCCUGACUCCGAUAUUGCAGACUGGCUGGCCACCAUCCACUUGGAGAGGUACCGGGAUGUCUUCAAGCAGCAUGGGUACCACAUGGCCAGAGACGCCGCCUUGCUGGACGGUGACCACCUGCAGCAGAUUGGCAUCACUGCCACCGGGCACCGCAAAAGGAUCCUAAACUUGGUGCAGCAGACACGGAUGCUCAGUCAACCCCAGGGGGGACCCACAGCAGGAGACACCCAUCUCCAAGCCACCGAGGUCCUGGAUGCCCCCCAGGCGGGCGAGGAUGCCAUGAAAACAGAGCCAGGAGGGGCUACUGAUGCCUUUGGGACGCGGCAGCGUGUUACUGAGCCCGCCCAGGCAUCGCCUCUAGAGAAGGACCCUGCUCCUCCCCUCGUGAAGCCAGUUCCCAAGCCAAGGACAGUUUUCCCUCGCUCAAAGCCAGAGCAGGGCUUAGCAUCCGCGCUGCCAGCACGCACCACAGUGCCGGCACACAGCCCGGGCAGUGACAGUGCGCCUGCAGCCUUUGUGGUACUGGAGGGGUUUGUGCCAGGAGAGAGCUCCACGGAUUUGGAGAGCCCAGAGCCCAGGCCAGCACCGCCGGCUGGCCCAGGGGCAGCUGUGGCCAUGGGCAUGGGAGUAUCCCGGCUGCGAGCGCGGGAGAGUGCUCGGGAGGAUACACGGCCGCCCUCAGCUCCGGAUCAUGGACAAACUCUGGAGGCAUCAGAGAAAUCCCGCCCGUCCGCUCCACCACGGCACAGCCACAGGGUCCCAGCAGCUGAGCUCUGCCCUGGGAGUGUGCUGGAGGGUCACCCUGUGUCCAACCCUCCCCUGCCCACCGCAGCUGCCCCAGCCAGGAGAGAUCCCUCGCCGUGCCCCAGGGCAGCCUCUCAGCCGGGCUCAGGGCAGGGCAGGCUGGAGAUGGUGUCCAACGUCAUCUAUGAAGGACUCGAGCCCCCGUCAGCACCCACUGAGGACUCAGGAGAGGAGGAUGGUCCCCAGGGUCAGGCUCUUGCUCAGCCCCCGGCUCUGUCCCCGCAGGAGCUGACCCAGCCGGACAACAAGCCUGAGCCCAGCUGGCCCGGCGGGGGCCUUCCCCCCAUCCCGCAGAGACCCACCAGCAAACCAGAGGUCGGGGAGCAGCCCGUCAGCCCCUACAGCGAGACCAUCUUUGGGCACGGAGCCCCAUCCCGGGAGCAGAAGGGUGUUGGCAUGUCCUCCGAUCAGAGCUACGAGGCAGUGUCUGAGCUGGGCCUGGAGCGAGAAGCACGCAGGACAAGCAGCGAGUGCAGCAGCGAGGGAAGGAGCGAGGAUGAGGAGACCCGGUCCCGGCUCAUCGACCGCAUUGUCCAGAACGACACGGAGGGGUACUCCACCGUGGAGGCACCACGGGCCGAUGGCGCCCCAUUCAGCCUGCCAGCCCAUCUCUACCCAGACGAGGUCCUAGACGACCUCACCAUCUCCCCUUAUGCCAGCUUCACGUCGCUCUCCGAGCCCCGGCCCACCAUGCUCAGCGGCUGGCUGGACAAGCUCUCCCCACAGGGGAACUAUGUCUUCCAGAGGCGCUACGUCCGUUUCGAUGGGAAGAACCUGAUGUACUUCAGCAGUGAGAAGGAGCCCUACCCCAAGGGGGUGAUCCCGCUGUCUGUGAUCGAGAUGGCUCGCUCCACCAAGGACAACAAGUUCCAGGUCUUCACCAGCCACCGUAUCUUUGUCUUCCGUGCCGAGAAUGAGGCCCAGAGGAAUGAGUGGUGCUCCACGCUGCAGAAGAAGGUGACAGACCAGCGCCUCGUGGGGUCCCGGCCCCGGCCCGCCAACACUGCUCACUGCCAGAAGUCAGGCACCCUGGAGCUGAAGGGCCAGAAGUCCAAGGUGUUCGCAGCCCUGACCCUGCCCGAGAUGUGGCUGUACAAGAGCGAGCAGUUCUUUAAAAUGGGCAUUGGCAUCUGCUUGAUUGAGAUGCGGGGCUCCACCAUCCGCGAAGCCAAGAACCGCAGCUUUGAGCUCAUCACCCCCUUCAAAACAUUCAGCUUCGUGGCGGAGUCGGAGCGGGAGAAGCGGGAGUGGAUGGAGGCCCUGCAGGAGGCCAUAGCCGAGAUGCUCUACGACUACGAGGUGGCAGAGAAGAUCUGGUCCAACAAAGCCAACAAAUACUGUGCAGACUGCUGGGCUCAGAGUCCCGACUGGGCAUCCAUCAACUUGUGUGUGGUCAUCUGCAAGCAGUGUGCAGGGCAGCACCGCAGCCUGGGCUCCAACAUUUCCAAGGUGCAAAGUCUGAAGCUCGACACCAGCGUCUGGUCCAACGAAAUCGUACAGCUCUUCAUCGUGCUGGGAAAUGACCGAGCCAACCGCUUUUGGGCCGCUCGCCUCCCCGCUGCUGAGGCACUCCACCCGGAUGCCAGCGCCGAGCAGAGACGGGACUUCAUUUCCCGGAAGUACCGAGAGGGACGGUACCGUCUGCCCCAUCCCUACUACGCCACUCAAGAGGAUGUGCUUCAGGCACUGUGCACUGCAGUGGCAGGACCAGCCCUGCUCAAGACCAUCCUGCAGUUCUUCUCAUCCUCGGAGGCUGGGCUGGCGGCUGACCCCACUGCCUGCGAGGUUGCCCCUGGGGCUGACCUUUGGUGGGGACCAGAGAGCAAAAGGCCCAGGAACCAUUCAGGGAGCCCCCACAUACAGGAACUGGGUCCGGAGGGCGUCUACAAUGAGAUCACACAGCCAGUGACACAUAGCGGGUACCUGUACCGGGCCACGGCCCCCCCCAAACUCCCGAGUGCCAAGAAGAGCAAAGAGGAUUUCCAGCGCACGUGGUGCUCCCUGGAGAGAGCCCUGCUCUUCUUUGAGACAGAGAAAUGCACCGAGCCCGUGGGACACAUUGAGAGUGGGGACCUCAUCUCCUUGGGCGUGAGCAGAGCCCAGGCCCUUGCCAGCCCCGGCCCCACCGAAAGGUUUCGCUUCACCCUCGAGCUCUUCCUCACUGGGGAAAAAGUGCAGCAGCUGGGAACAGAUGGGCCUGAGACGCUGCAAGCCUGGGCCAGCGCCAUCGGCAAGUGGUUCACACCCAUGAGCUGUCACUGCCUGCUGGGCUACGAGUUCCAGCGCGUGGGCCAGCUGCGCUACAAGUGCAUGCUCAACCCCGAGCGGUGGCAGCAGGCCUUCUUCAUCCUGCAGAAAGCCCACCUCUUCAUCUGCCCUGCCGAGGACGACGGGGCUGAGGACAGCAUCAACCUCCGGCGGCUGCAGGAGCUCAGUCUGGUUCCCCCCACGGAGACCCCAGAGAAGAAGGAGCUGCUGAUCCUGGUGGAGAUGGGAAGGACAUUUUACCUGCAGGGCUUGUCACGGGCGGACUCAGCGGCAUGGUACACCGACAUCCAGGCGUCAGCGGGGGGCCGGGGUAAUGCACUGCGGGACCAGCAGCUGAGCCGGGGGGACAUCCCCAUUAUCGUGGACAGCUGCAUCGCCUUCAUCACGCAGUACGGGCUGCGGCAUGAGGGGAUUUACCGCAAGAACGGAGCCAAGUCCCGGAUCAAGGUACUGAUGGAGGAGUUUCGGCGGGAUGCCCGCAAUGUCAAGCUGCGCAUCAAUGACAACUUCAUCGAGGAUGUCACCGACGUGCUGAAGAGGUUCUUCCGUGAGCUUGAGGACCCCGUCUUCACACUGGAGCUGCACCCACAGUGGAAGGAGGCUGCAGAAAUCUCCUUGAAGCCCCAGCGCCUGGAGCGGUACAAGGAGCUCAUCCAUCGCCUGCCUCGCCUCAAUCACAAGACCCUGGCUGCGCUCAUCGGGCACCUCUACCGGGUGCAGAAAUGUGCAGACCUCAACCAGAUGAGCACCAAGAACUUGUCACUGCUCUUUGCACCCAGCCUCUUCCAGACUGAUGGCAAAGGGGAGCAUGAGGUCAAGGUGAUGGAAGACCUCAUUGACAACUAUGUCAGCAUCUUCAACAUUGAUGAGGACCAGGUAUCCCAGAUGGAUCUGGAGAACAGUCUGAUCACCACCUGGAAGGACACCCAGCUCUCACAGGCAGGGGACCUCAUCAUCGAGGUUUACCUGGAGCAGAAGCUGCCCGACUGCUGUGUCACCCUGAAGGUGUCCCCCACAAUGACGGCGGAGGAGCUCACCAACCAGGUGCUGGAGAUGCGCAACGUGGCGGCCAGCCUGGACAUCUGGCUGACCUUUGAGGCCCUGGAGAAUGGGGAGCUGGAGCGGCCCCUGCACCCCAAGGAGAAGGUGCUGGAGCAAGCUUUGCAGUGGUGCAAGCUCCCAGAGCCCAGUGCCGCGUACCUGCUGGUGAGGAAGGUCCCCAUCGGUGAGGGCAGCUGUCUCUUCACAGGUGCCAAGCGCGAGACCCCCAAGUGUGGGCUGCUGAAAUGCCGUGAGGAGCCCCCAAAGCUGCUCGGGAACAAAUUUCAGGAACGUUACUUCGUCAUCCGGGACCGGAGGUUGCUGCUGCUCAAGGAGAAGAGGAGUGCCAAGCCAGAGCGCGAGUGGCCCCUGGACGCAGCCAAGGUUUACAUGGGCAUUAGGAAGAAGCUGAAGCCACCAGCGCAGUGGGGUUUCACGCUGAACUUGGACAAACAACAGCUGUACCUCGUGUGCUCAGGGCAGGCUGAGCUGUGGGAUUGGACCACCAGCAUCCUCAAGGCUCAGCACGAUGACCUGCGCCCUGUGAUCAUGCGCCGGCGCUCCUCUUCUGACCUCGCCAAGCAGAAGUUUGGCACCAUGCCGCUGGUGCCCCUGCAUGGGGACAGCACUGAUGCCACCAUGCUCUCCGCCAACCAGACUUUGCGCCGCCUGCACACACGAAGGACUUUGUCCAUGUUCUUUCCCAUGAAGAUGCACCAGGACUCCCUGGAGGAGCAGCAGGAGAAGGAGGCAGACGCUGAUCCUGUCUACGAGGAGGUGGGCAACUUCCCUGAGCUAGCUGCACUGGAGCUGGGGCAGGGGCUGCUGGCAGACCUGUCAGCCGUGCCCCCAGUGGACAGGUCCAAGAAACCGGCCCCAUUCCCCGAGCAGCCCCCAGUCACGGCGCUGCGUUCCUCGCUGCCCGCCAGCCCGGCCGGGAGGGUGGCAGGUCCCUCCAUCACCAAAGCCCUGUCCCUCGAAAGGGGCUUGAACCUGGAGAGUGACAAAGCUCCAGCCCAGGGGCUCAGACCCACCAAAACAGCCUCUCUGGAGAGGAACGUGGAGCCUUCCCUGGCACUGGCAGGGGACUGGGACCAGGGGGCCACACCAGUGAGCAGUCCCAGUGCGGAGACCUCCCUGGAGAUCCCCAGGAAGAGGAACAUGCAGCUUCCCUCGCCCAUCAACAACAAACUCAUCCAGGAGCUCAGCAGCGUCAUCCUCAGGAAGAACGAGGGCCAGCCGCCGGGGCCGGGCCAGCCAGUGACGUGACCCACCGUGCCAAAGGGGCAGCCACCAACCUGGGGGUCAAGUCGUGCCCAGCAGCAGCGACGACGGGUACCCCACGCUCCCACACCACAGACCCCGCACCCUCCUCCUCCGCCUGACCCCGGGACUGGUGGGGACCAGGGGACUAGUGGGGACCAGGAUGCUGAGCCGCGGUACCCCCUCGUGGGAGGGCUGGGCAGGCUGCCACAUGUGCUCUCGCUUCUGGGUGGCAUGUCUGUCAUUGGGCCCAGCGCUGAGGGAAGCAAGUAAAAGGGAAAAUAAAAGCAGAAACAUGGUGCCUGCAUGUUUCGGCAGCAUGGCACAGUGUCAGGCAGGGGGGCAUGUGGUGCCUGCCAGCAUGGGGGAACAUAGCAUGAUGUUCCCUCUCCAGCGCUGGGCCCGUGGGGCAAGGUCAGGACACCCAAGCCACCCCCCACUCCCCUUCUUGCAUCUACUAUAGCAUAUUUGGCCAGGGGAGAGGGGGGGUCAACAGGAGCAGGGCUGGCCAUGUGUGCCUGGCAUGUAGUCCUGGCGAUGGAGGACGGCUCCUGCUCAGCUGGGGUAUUUAUACCUGUUCCUUCCACCAGCAGGGAGAAAUAAAGAUUUAUUUGUACUCUG